AUGGCUCAUUUCAUUCCAUGCUCGAAGACAUCUGAUGCUUCUGCGGUAGCAAGAUUAUUCUUUAAUAAUGUCUUCAAAUAUCAUGGGCUCCCUCUCACUAUAGUGUCUGACAGAGAUGUCAAGUUACUUUUGGCGAAACCUGUGGCACAUGCUAGAAUUGGUCGACUGGUCUGUCUCCCUUUGAGAUAUGCUUGGGCACAGCCUAAAGCACCCAUAGAUCUUACCCCUGCACUAGUUAGUUCUAGAGUUAGCGAGUCAGUCGAGUCUUUUGCACAACGCUUACAUGAUUUGCAUGCAGAGAUAAGACAACGGAUUGGUUCUAGCAAUGAUCAGUAUAAAUCUUAUGUAGUUGUUCACCGUCAGCUGCAGGAGUUCAAAGAAGGCGAUAUGCUAUGUUUACUCCUGCAUUUCAGUGCGUGUAGGUUCAGUAUCAGAUGCAGUUAUGCUGAAGCAAACAUAAAGGAGGACUUUCCAUCUGCUCCAAUAGAUGUUGUGGCUGAUGUGAAGACUGAGCGGAUUGUAGUCUUGGGAGGUAGUGGUUUUGUUGGUUCUGCGAUAUGCAAGGCUGCAGUUUCCAAGGGCAUAGAUGCUGUAAGUGUAAGUAGGUCAGGGCGGUCUUCUUCCUCCGAUUCCUGGGUUGACCAGGUCACAUGGAUAGCAGGAGAUGUUUUCUAUGUGAAUUGGGAUGAAAUACUGGUUGGGGCUACUGCAGUUGUUUCAACUCUUGGAGGUUUUGGUAACGAGGAGCAAAUGAAAAGGAUAAAUGGAGAAGCUAACAUUUUGGCAGCAGGUGUCGCAAAGGAAUUUGGAGUUCCCAAAUUUAUCUUGAUCUCUGUUCACGAUUAUAAUCUACCUUCAUUUCUACUUUCCUCUGGAUACUUCACCGGAAAGAGGAAAGCAGAAUCAGAGGUUCUUGCCAAAUUCCCAUACUCAGGUGUGGUGUUGAGACCAGGUUUCAUAUAUGGGAAAUGAAAAGUAGAUGGCUUUGAGAUCCCACUUGAUCUCAUUGGGGAACCACUGGAGAGGUUUCUUAGUGCAACUGAAAACUUUACAAAGCCAUUGAGUUCUCUUCCAGCAUCUGAUCUUCUCUUGGCCCCACCCGUUAGUGUUGAUGAUGUUGCACUUGCAGUGAUAAAUGCAGUCACAGAUGAUGAAUUCUUUGGUGUUUUCACUAUUGAUCAAAUCAAGGAAGCUGCAGCUAAAGUGCGUGUGUGAAACUGUGUAAACUAGAACCAUCUAUACAGCUUUACAUCUGGUGUCUUCUAAAAUGCAUGAUGCCUCCAUUUUGAAUGAUAUGGAUGAAACAGUUUAGAUAACCCUCCUUGCUGAGGUUGCUAUUAGUUACUUUUGAAUC